AUGCCAGGGGUACCGUCCAACAAGGCUUGUGAGCGGUGUAAAAGACGCCAUAUGAAGUGUGAUGAGGGCCGUCCAGGAUGUCAAAGGUGUGCCACUGCAGGCGUAGAAUGCCCGGGAUACGUCCAAACCCGCAAGUUCAUCGACCAAGGCGCGUCGGUCAGGCGUCGCUAUGCGCCUUACGAGUCGGGUCACUCUAGUUCUACCGGUAGUUCCAAGGAAAAGACGCCGCCUCAGCAUGGUAUUAUUACAUUCGAUCAACGGCCAUUGCCAGAAUCGCAUUCCAUUGAGGGGGCCACUUCCGGUAGCAUAGCGACUACAGCAACCCAACCGAGUCCUCCAAUUGCUUCAGGGGACGUCAAAAAACCUUCUGAAAAUACUCAAAUUCGUUUUGAGUCUUCUCGGCAACGCCACCAACUCUACCAGGCUAAUAUAAUCGGUGUUGGGGACCGGGGUUCCUCGGUGCCCAGUCCUGCUACUAACAGUCCAACAUCUAUCAACGAUGCAACGGAAGUUUAUAACGGUCCUGGCAGCAGCUUUCUCGUGUCUACUGAUCACAGGCCACAGGCUUCACGGGUGCCUUCGUCUGGAGCUGCGUCUCAGAGAACCGAGGAGGAAGAGUUCCAGGAUAUUUUUGCCAAGCUAGCUACUGGGAAAGAACACGAGAUUGCUUUUCUAGUUAGACAUUUUUCCGAGACCAUCGGCUCUUGGCUCGAUCUGUCCGAUGCCACCAAGUUCUUUUCUGUCUGCGUGCCUAUCCGUGCUAUCAACAGCUCCUAUCUGAGAUAUGCUAUUGCAGCUAUUGCAGCGAAGCAUAUCGGCCGCAUAGGAGGCAAAAGGCUUGCAGAUAAUAGGGGUUUUCUACGAAGUCGGCCGGCAACUAUGGAGAUAUAUCCGAAUGCAGCCCAGGUAGACUGGCUAUUCAAGGCCACCAAUUACCAAUUUCUAGCAGUUUCACAUAUGAAUCGGGAUAUCUCAGGCGCCUACGAUUUGGUUUCCAGCUCAGCCGUGCUGGAGUCACCUAUCGAAACGCUGAGCCAAUGGCUCCAUCGUCAGAUCACUCAUCCAACAACUCCUUUGCCUUCCCCAGACUCACCUGCCGCUGCUGUUCUUUCCAAAAGGACUGAAGAUCUGCUUGCAACAGUCACAAUUCUUACAUUUUAUAGGCUGCUUGACACCAGAUUAGUGGAUUGGCAGUCGCAACUUGUCGGCAUCCGCCCAUUGUGCGAGGCUUUAUUGCAAAUGCAACAUACCUUCACAUCUAGCACCUGUCCUCGUUUCUCUCCCGGUAUCCGGGCUGCAUUCUGGGCCCUAGCUCGUCAAGAUUAUCUCGCGUCCUAUCCUACCCGUAGGCCGACACAUCUCGAUCCUGGCAACCUUGCACUCUGGCGAGCUGCAGGUAUCCCCCUUGAUGAUGUCGGGGACCUGCAUCUAUCUCAAAGCGAAACCCUGGACUCCACUCGAGAAGACCUCGCAGCAAACGGGCUCACAUGGCUCUUGUCCAAGGUCAUCAACUUUCUCGCCCAAUACAAACAGUCACAGCUCGCGCAGUGGACCGCGCCAACUCCCACAAACCCCGCCACUCACGACGCCCCCACCACAACCACCUGGUUGAAGCUAUGCUUCGACUUCCAAACUUGGCUGGAAGACCUUCCUGAGACGUUCCGCCCAAGCAUCCGCAUCGAAAAACCCAGAAACAUCGCCAAAAGCCCAGACACCAGCCAUCUCCCUUUUCCCGAGAUCUUCUACGGCCACCCCACCUGCGCCGCCGCGAUGCAGCACUACCAUUUUGGACGGAUCGCGCUCCUCCUCAACCGUCCGCCGGACGUGGUCAGCGAUCCUAGCACUGCCUUCCACCGUCUCCAGGGGUAUCGCGAGGUAACCAAGGAAGUCGACUACCGCAGCCGCGAGAUCUGCGGGAUCGCCCUGGGGAGACCUCCCGCCGCCGUGCAGAUCUAUAUCUUACCGCUCCUGUUAGCUAUUGGGCAGUGUCUUGAGACCCCGGAUGAGCACGAAAUCAUCGUCGAGUUGCUAAGGGGGAUACAGGCCGAAUCGGGGUGGGAGACUGAGUCGACAGUCACACAGUUGGAAGAGCUGUGGAGUUGCAUAUCUUAGUAACCUGCAUCAUAAAUUAAUCUUACCCGGGCGGGAAGAUCAUAGAUUCCUCGGACCAUACCAGCUGCAGGCUGUAUGUAGGCUGUACAUGGAGAAUUAUCUUAUAACAUGGAACGAGUCGGACAGUAACUAUAUCCAAUGACAAUGACAGAACAUCCGUC